AUGUCCAAGAUUCUCACUGUUUUUGGCGCCACUGGCAACCAGGGUGGUUCUGUUGUUCGAGCCAUCCUCAACGACCCCGCUCUCUCCAAGGAGUUCAAGAUUCGUGGCAUCACCCGUGAUGUUUCCAAGCCAGCUGCAAAGGACCUCGCCUCCAAGGGUGUUGAGGUUGUCUCUGCCGACAUGAACACUCUGGAGCAAGCUGCCCCCGCCGUCGAGGGCGCCCACACUGUUUUCCUCGUGACAAACUACUGGGAGACUGAGAAGGGCAACGGAGAAGUUGCCCAGGGCAAGGUUGUCGCCGAUGCUUGCAAGGCUGCCGGUGUUAAGCACCUCAUCUUUUCAUCUCUUCUCGACACAAACAAGAUUAGCGGAGGUCGCCUCACCCACAUCAAGCAUUUCGAGGGCAAGGCCGAGAUUGAGGAGUACAUUCGACAGAUUAACGUCCCCGCCACUUUCGUCCUCCCUGGAUUCUUCAUGUCAAACCUGUUUACUAUGAUCCGCAAGAAUGAAGAGGGUGGCUACGCCUGGUCUCUCCCGGUCUCGGGCGACAAGGCUCAGGUGCCUCUGUUCAAUGCUGGUGACGACAAUGGCAAGUUUGUCAAGGCUGCUAUCAAGCACUUCCCUGACACCCUCAACAAGCGAAUCUACGCUGCUACCGACUACUACACUCCCUCUCGCAUCAUCUCCGAGUUCUCCGAGGUUAUUGGCAAGCCCGCUACCUUUAACCAGAUUCCUUCAGAUGCCUUCAAGUCCUUCCUCUCCCCUCACGUCGCCCAGGAGAUGCUGGAGAACAUGCUGCUGCUGGAGGACCCCGGCUACUACAACAAGGCGGACCUCAAGGAGAGCGCUGACCUGUUGGACGACAAGCCCACCACGUGGAAGGAGUUUGUCCAGAAGUACAAGGCCAAGUGGGAAUGA